GAGAGAGAGAGAGACGAACAGGAACAAAUCUUUCCGUCCAAGAAAUCUGGAAUUCGUUUUCCCAUUGUCAACAUAAAAAUUUGAGAUCAACAAACACCGAUGGAUUUCGAGUUGAAAAGGGCGAGAGAGAAGUUGGAGAAGGAGCAAAAAGAGAGGAAAGAGAAAGCCAAAUUGAGAUUGGAGAGAGAGAGAAAGGCAAAGCAAGAUGCCCUCCGCCAGCAGGAAGCCAUUGAAGCAGCUCAGCGCCAGCGCCGCAUCGUCGCCGCCGAAGCCGAAGCCAAGGCAGAUCAGCUAGCCGAAGAAAACCUGCUCGCUGGGCGGGGAGUCAAGUUUUCUCGUAUUUUAGAAGCUAUGCCUUAUCAGGGUAGUGGAGAUAAGAUCAAAUUGCCGCCUUCAUGUUUCACUGAGCUGUCUGACGAAGGAGCUUUUGACAAGGGACCAUUGCACUUCUCUCUAUCAUUGAUUCACCAGGAGGGGGGCCCACUUAGUGCAGAGAGUGCCGAUAAAGAACGGCUCAGGACGACACAUGCUGGCGUCCUGGAGUUCACAGCAGAGGAAGGUUUUGUAGCACUUCCUCUGCACUGUUGGAGUAACUUAUUCCCCGCGGACGCUCCAAGUUCUGCUACGGUGGAAGUACGUUAUGUUUGGCUUCCAAAGGGGACUUACGCAAAACUUCAAUCAGUUGAGUAUGGUUUUUCCUAUAUUCCAAAUCACAAGGCAGUACUGGAGACAAGCCUUCGGCAGCACGCAACUCUUUCCCAAGGCGAUACGCUGACAGUCAACCAUGGUGCACUGACAUAUCAUUUGCGCGUUCUUGAGUUGAAACCUUCUCCUAACAUAUCUGUUCUGGAAACAGAUAUGGAGGUGGAUAUUAUUGGUCCAGAUUCUGCAGUAACAACAAACGAGUAUGUGUUGAAGCCUCUCGUAUUCGGAAAACCCGAGUCUGGUACGGUUGAUGAAGGACGCUACAUGUACUAUAAGUUCUCUUUAGAUGAUGAUACAUGGAAAAGAAUCUCUUCCGAGGAUGCGAAAAUUGUUGUUAACUUAGAUUCGCAGACGCAAGAUGGAGAUACUGACCUGUAUGUAUCGAGGCAUCCACUUCUGUUCCCUACAUUACACCAACACAUGUGGUCUUCACACGACAUGGGUUCGAAAGCAUUGAUUCUUGGCGCAGAGGAUCAAAACUUGGGUUCGGGCACUUACACGGUUGCUGUAUAUGGCUUUAAAGGGACAUCAAAUUACACGGUAUCUGUUACAGUUCAAGAAGCUCCGAAGCAUAAGCCUGGCCAGAAUGCUGCAUCUUCAUCAUCGGUAGCUGAGGUGGACACUGUAGAGUGCCGAAACUGUAGACGAUAUGUGCCUUCAAGAACCAUUGGUCUACAUGAAGCUUAUUGCAGUAGACACAAUAUCAUUUGCCCGCAUGCUGGUUGUGGGGUUGUUCUUAGGAUCGAGGAGCGCGAAAGCCAUGUCCAUUGUGAAAAAUGCAGUAAAGCUUUUCAACGAGCGGAGAUGGAGAAGCACAUGAAAGUUUUCCAUGAGCCACUUCAUUGCCCGUGUGGGGUUGUUCUCGAGAAGGAGGAAAUGGUGCAACACCAGUCGUCGAAUUGCCCGAUGAGACUAAUCACAUGUCGAUUCUGUGGAGACAUGGUUGAAGCAGGGACUAGUGCUGCAGAUGCAAGAGACAGAAUCAGAGGAUUAACAGAACACGAGAGUCUUUGUGGUUCAAGAACUGCGCCUUGCGAUUCGUGCGGGCGUUCAGUAAUGUUGAAGGAUAUGGAUAUACACCAAAUUGCUGUCCAUCAAAAGAACUAGUUUAUUUAUUACAUCAUGAUUUGAACUCAUAAGUGUGAUUGCAUCUUCUUUACAUGCUGUGAUGUAUGUAUGUAUAUUCUUCUUUCAAGGUUGUGUAAAGAAGAAUAAACGGAACAACGAUUAUAUACUAUUGCAUAAACUAAUGGUGCAAUUCGGUUAUUAUCAA